CCACUUGCACGUGUUCAUAUCCAAUGCAUGGCUCAGAUACUGGUUGCUUAACAACGCUGCCUCCAAUAACAAUAGCGUUUGGUUCGAAGGCAGCUGAGCAAUAGACUUUUAAAAAACACACACACACGACCAGCGGCAGGAGGAGCAGCCCGUCUACCUACAGUCGGUCGCAGCUCUGCGCGUUCACAUUUAAAAUAGGUGAGAGUUGUGCUCGCUGCAGACGACUCGGAAGUUGCUGGUGUUGCCGAUGAAGGGGCGAUUUUAUUUAAUUUUGACAACCGUCGGAUAGACUUUACCCGUUUUGACGCCUCGCCCGGCUAAAGUUCCAGUGGGAGCCUGUGAUCCACCGUCUGACUGCUAAUCCGCCUCCGGGUUGGUAACUCAUGACCUCGCAUCCACGCGGACUGAUGUGGCGGUGAUAUGGGAGAGUGGUGGACCACUGUGCCAAUAGGGACGUCUCUGGGAAACUAUGAGAUCUCCAGCAUAUCACAUGUGACGAUGUCCCCCUCCAGACAGAACAACCUUGUGUCAAUGCACUCCUCUUUGCCGCUGUCCAAAAGCUCCUACAAUGUGAUAAGUGCCUUCUGCACAGAGGAUAAUAUUCCUCCGUGCAUUUCAUACAUCAAUCAGGAGCUGGACUCACUGGGCCUCUCCUCUACAUGGAUCGAGGCCAGCUCACCGGGGGGGGCCAGCCUGAACACGGUGCCGGCUCUGAAUGCCAUGUAUGAGCUAAUGCAGAUUCACCGGCGCGACAUGUCUACGUUAGAGGAGCUGGAGAAAGAACAACUGAAGAAAUCCAGCACCUUGGACCACAUGCAGAUGAACAACUCCAGACUCAAGGAUCAGUUGGAACUGUCCAUACGGGAGAAAUCAGGUCUGCAUGAAACAGAGAGGCAGCUCCAACUCAGAAUUAAGACUCUGCAGAGCUGCUUGAAAACCGAAAAGGACGAGGUUCAGAAGCUGCAGAGCAUCAUCGCCGGCCGGGCCUCUCAGUACAGUCACGAUGCCAAGAGAAAAGAGAGAGAAGCUGCGAAGCUCAAGGAACGCCUCAGCCAGCUACUGGUUGACCGACGGGAUAAGAAACUAGCGAUUGAUGUUCUGAAUUGUUUGGGACGGUCGGAUGGAAAAAGGAGCCACUGGAAGACCGCAAAAGCGACAGUCGGCCACGAGGGUGAGAUGUACAAGUCCUUGCUCAACGACUACGAGGCGAGUCAGAGGUCCCUGAUGCUGGAGAACGCUGAGCUCAAGAAAGUUCUUCAACGGAUGAAGAAGGAGAUGAUGCACAUCCUGAGUCCACACCAGCCGUCUCCCAGAGGAGCCGCUGCUGAUGACAGUCGGGAUCAGGCCGAUUCAGACGGGGAGGAGACGGCCGGUGACUCCAGCAGGGAAACUCUGGACCAAUCCUGUGAGCACGCCAGAGAGCAGCUCGCCAACAGCAUCCGCCGGCAGUGGAGGAAACUGAGGAACCACAUGGAGAAGCUAGACAGCCAAGCCUCGCAGGUGCAGGGUCAGCUCGAGUCACAACAAGAGGUGAUACCAAGGGAGGCUCACGAGGAUGAGAUGGAGAGGAUGAGGCGUGAAGUGCAGCAGUGCAAAGAGUUCAUUCAAGCACAGCAACAGCUCCUCCAGCAACAACUCAACACGUCGUUUGACGACGAGACAGCCGCUCUUCUCAAUGACUGCUACACACUGGAGGAGAAGGAACGCCUCAAGGAGGAAUGGAGGCUCUUUGAGGAGCAGAAGAGAAACUUCGAGAGGGAGAGAAAGAACUUCACUGAGGCCGCUAUUCGCCUGGGACGAGAGAAAAAGGCCUUUGAGGAGGACCGGGCGUCUUUGCUCAAGAAUCAGUUUUUGAACAUGACUCCCUUUACGGACCGAAGGAGAUGUUCCUCGUCUGACGGUCAAAGUGCCUUAUCGAUCAGAAGUGAGCCAGAGAUGAGGAUGUCUUCCACCAAAGCUAAGUCGGUCAAAUCGUCAACCUCCACUCCUAAUUCGUCACAAAGUGCCGCUGUGCCAUCCACCACUGAGCUUUACCGGACACUCCGCCUGAUACCAGACAGCAGUUCCUCGAGACAUUCAAAUCAAGGACGCUGGCAGGAGUCCAGCAGCAUUGAAGACGGAGAUGUUCGGGUCAAAUCCAAAAACAGAGUUCGAUGUGGAGACUUCAGUAUCUUCUCUUUGGGAGAAGAUGAGAACAGCCUCACUUCCUGAGAACUUCAUGUGCCUUUUUUUUUUUUUUUUUUUUGCAACUUCAUUUCGCAGUGGACUUUAGGAUCAAUUCAUGGCUGAAUUCUGUCCCCCAUUGAUUGCUUUGUCAUAGACAUGCACAUUCACCAAAGCUGAUCAAAGAAGAAAGCACUUUAAUGAUUUUACCAUUGUUCUUGUCUUUCCUUUGAAAACAAAUCAACACUGCUGAUUCAGAUUUUAAGCUAUAUUCAGAGGAUCUACCAAGUAGUGAUUUGGACAUGUUGGUGUAAGAAAUAUCUUUAUACAUGUGGAUUAUUUUCAAUGUUUUACUUUAGAAUUAACUUUAUUGUUUACAUUAUUCUAUACGUAUAAGUUAUGAUUUUAAUGGGAGCAUAUAUUGACAUGAGAUUGAUAAUGAUCGGCUAUGCUGGUGUUAACGGUACAAUAAAGAUAUUUUUAAUGAACUAUUUUAUCCUCUUUGAUUUGGCGCCCACUAGUGU